CUUUUAUCAGUAAUCAUUAUCAUGUAACUGUUUAUUUUAGUUGUGAAAAUGCAUUUGAGCAAUGUAUCAAAAUUGGAAUAAACCUUUUUCCAACAGUUGUUAUUAUCAGAUUUUAUAUGUGACUUAAAACACAGAAAAUGGCAGAUGUGCCUGAUAUUGAAGAACUCCUUGCUGCAUGGGACGAAGAUGCUUCAAAAGCAGACAAUAGUAAUCUUCCUGUCCAACAUGCAAUGCAAACACCAGCCAUGCUACAAAGUAUGCACACCAACCCGUUUGAUCUGCUUCAAACAGGAUCUGUAAAUAUCAACAGUGGUGUCAAUGACAGGAUUCAAAGUACCAAUCCCAAUGGAAUGAAUGAAUAUUCAUUUCCAAUUCCAACACCAACCAAUGAAAGGGAGCAGUUUAAUCUACCAAGUGGAAACAGUCUUGGAAGUUUAUUUUUAUCCUCUGUUGAAGAAGACUUAUCAAGCCAAAAGACAUUCACCCCACCUAGUGUUACGCAACAGAAAUCGACAAAGAAUAAAUCAAAAAAGCAAUUAAUACGGAAAGCUGAUACAGUGGUUACUCAUUCACCUAUUCAUCUAACACCUGACACUUCCACAUCAAACUUAUCACAGCAACAGCUUCCAUCGAAAAGUCAAUCAUCUUACAGUCAAGGUCAAAAUAUUCUGCAAGCACCAUACAGACCACCAUCUGCAUCUCGUAAUGUUGAAGAAUCAUAUUUAGCAAGUCCAUCUCCGGAAUCAUUUGUUAAACCAACAUAUCACCGCACGCAACCGAUUCCACGCCCACAGUCCAACACAUCUUGUGAUAACUCCUUCUAUCCUGGCAGUGUCCCUCAACCAAGCCCUAGUGGUUCGAUUGAUUCCAAUUUUAAUCCAAGAACACCAUUAUCAAACAACCCCCUUACCCCACAAUCUAACCAGUCGGUUGGUUCACAGCAAAACAGAUCAGCAGCAGCCACCCCCCAGCUACAGUUGCAGCACCCAGGAGUGAUUGUUGACCCAUCAUAUCCUGGUAUGCUACCACAUGUGCGCACCCCACCACCCCCUAUUGUUCCAGAUGACCAAUCUCAUUUACAAUACCUCAACACAAGUUCAUCACAGAUACAGAAAAAUAUGUCUUCUGAAAUUUUGGAUGAUUUACCAACUCCCAUUAAAUCAGUGUUUGGACUACAUGAUAACUAUACAGAUUUUCAAACUCAACAACCUGUUGGUCUACAAUCUACAACCAGAACUUCUAAUUGGAUGGAAGACCCCACAAAUCAAGUGUUUACUUCAGGCAUGCAAAGUAACGUGGAAAGGACAGGUUAUACAUUCACUCAGCAACAUAACACUGGAAUAAAUAAUCAAGGACAUAAUUUUCACAUGACAAACUCCUCAGCUGGCUUGACAUCAACUCAGAGUCAGUUGUUGGACAGUUUAACAUCAAAGAAAAACAAUAAACCGAAUAAUGCCAAGUCCUCAUUACCACAUAUGUUCAGUGAUAUAAGUGGACUGCAACAGACCAGUAAUUAUCAAUUAAAUCUUGGAACUGACCAAAAGCAGCAAAUUCAGAAUCCGAAAAGUAAAACUUUAAAUUUAUUGGGACAAGCAGAAAGUGGAAUUAAACAAUUUUAUUCACAAUCUUCUGCAUACGAAGCUGUGAGUCCAAUUAGUGAUUAUUCCAAUUCACCCUUACCUGGAUUUAGUGAUUCAAAUGUUACUUCCAAAGCAACAUCAACUGCAUCAGGUCAUCACUCAAUCGGCAUUGAUGAAAGCUUUAUCAACAUUUCAUCUUUUUUAAAUGACUCUGCUGGGAAAGACAAGGAUGAUAAAAAAAGUCUUGGAAAUGACAAUAUUAAUAUUGUAAAUGCUGAUGAAACGACAAAAUUUGGACCACUCGCACGAAGACGUAGUGCCAGUGCAGAGCGCAAGGCAAAUGAAAAUACAAAGUCUAUUAAUAAGUCGCAUGGUUUAAACUUGGAUGAUGAUUUCGGAUUUGACCAAGAUGAACCUACCAUACGUCUCCCUAUGAAACUAACAAGCAAUUUGGAACCUCAGAACAAACCUUUGGAAAGUGUUCCAAAUCCUUUGCCAUUGCAGAGAGAGAGUUAUUCUGAUCAGUCAGUUUAUGAUUCUGUUCAAGAAUUGGCUGCAUUGCAACAGAAACAGAAGUCACUAAUGCAGAAGUUGAAUGCUUCACGGAAUAAACCUCAACCACAGAAAGCUUUCCGUAAUGUGUAUCGUCCCCCACCAUCAACCACGACCAACAACACUACAACAGUUGAUAACACAACAUCAAACAAGCAGACUAAAUCAAGAAAACCUGCAAAGUCAAAUGCAUGGACAAAUGAGCCAAGUAAUUUAUUAACUGGACCAAAUGUUCCGGUUACAACAAUCAACUCUGGUUUACCAAUACAAUCAAAGCUGCCACAAUUUUCUCAUCCGUUAAAAACACAAGCGGAUACCCAUCUAAAUUUAAAGUCUAUGCCUUUCCAUCAGGAUAACUUUUUAGCAGCACACAAAAUGGAAAAAGCUUUCCAGCAUCACACAGAGCAGGCAAGUGUUUCGUUCCAACCAGUAUCGACAACCAAGCAGUCUCAUCCUAUACCACAAGUUCAAUAUACACAAAACAACUUUCAACAAUUUAUAAACAAUUCAUUUACCCCACCUGUUGCUUCAAAUGCACAAAAGAAUCAGCCAAAUACUGUUACUUCAACUACAUCAACAUAUGUGUAUAGGCACACACCAGCAAGUGUGCUUUCAAAUAAGAAAGCAGCAUCGGCAUCUAACACUUACACUGGAAACAGAGACCAUCAAGUAUCAACAACUUCAAAAACAUUUGAUCAAUCUGUCCCAGUCCCAGUACCAGUAUCAGGAAAACUAUCAAAUCCCUUAUCCAUACACACACUGCCUCAGUCAACCCCUUUAACUCAGUUAUCAAAAUUACCGCUGUCAGAAAAUCCAGACUUGUUAUCAAGCAAUAACAUUUGGGGGCAGAGUAACCUUACUCAUUCAAGCUUACCUCCAGUAGAAAUAAACAAACCAGAUGUUCUUAACUGGUCCAAACUCCCUUGGGCUUCUGUAUCUAGCUCUACACAAACACUGACCAAAACCUUGUCACAAGACCUGGAUGAAAUGUUAUCCUCAAAAUCUACAACCAUUGUUGGUGGGGCAAAGGAAAACAACAAGUCAAAAGUAAACUCCUCAAGUUCGUUAAAUACAAACUUUAGUUUAAAAGUCCCUCAUUCUGAACCACAUACGGACUCCUUAUUUAAAUCUGUACCUGACCAUGUCAAACUACCAGACAUGUCACAAAUUCAACUCGACUAUGCUGGCCACAAUGCUCAAAUAUGUUCAGUAACCGAUACAAAAACUUCUGAAACCUUACGUUCAACUGCUGCUCUGAGCAAUAUUGGCAUGGCUGGUUUGUGGAACCAGUCAAGUGUCACACAUCCUGGGUUUGAAAAAAACCUGCCAUAUCCUUACUUUUUGGACCAACAUAAUUUCCCACCCUCUGUGCUCCAUACAGCUACAACAUCUCCAUCUUUGUUCCAUUACCAUUCAUCCACUCCAUCUCAAAGUACGAUUCCACACACUACAAAUCCUCCUCACUCACUAAUGCAUGGGGUAAACUCACAAUUCUACCACCACCCUCAUACAUCCAACCCACCAGACUUCUCUGCACAUCACACUUCUAAAAUGUUUGAACCACCAUCUAACUUGCUGCCCUCAACAAAAGCUGAUGCUUUUCAUAGUAUGAUCUUACCAGAUAAAGAGGCUGUUAAAAAAUCAUUAGAAGUUUUAAGAAAAACUCAAGAGAGAAUAAACAGACAACCUGAAGCUGCACCCAUAAAUAUAGCUGCCUGCACUACUCCUGCAACUUCGGUGGAAGUUAAGGCUAAGCCACCAACAUAUGAGCAGUCAGUUUCUAACCAAUUUUUGCCACAAUUUACAAAAAGUAUCCAAUCUACAUUAGAAAGAAUAGAACAAAAGAAUAGCCCAGUACCGGUUAUAUCAUCUGCGAAUGGACACGAGGUUUCAACUUAUCCCAACACUACCACAAUAACUGAGACAUUUUUUUCUAAACCUACAGUUUCAGUUAAUGAAGCUCCACCCCCCAAUAAACCCCUGAAUUUUUCAAUAUCAAAAAAUGAUGUUCCUGUUUGUUUAACCACAAGUUCCAUGCCAACAAGUGUUUCGGAAGCUACCAUUGCUGCUCCAGUUGCAUUUCAAUUGACCAAGAGUUUACCUGCAAUUAAAACAGAUGUUGUAUCAUCUGCACCCAGUACUGUUUCUAUUUUGCAUGACAAGACCUACCAUGGACCGAAGAAAAAGCAUAUUUUAGAAAAGUAUUCACAGCAAAACAUCCAAAACAGUGGAGUGAGUGUAACCAGCGUGCCUUCUGUGUCCACGGUGCUAAAGCAAAACAUUGCAAGUGUUACUGGAGCAGAGAAGAAACCUGGUCGAAAAUCAACAAAGGCUAGAAAACCUUCUGCUGACAAGAGGUCUACACAACCUGAGAAACCUACAAUACAAACUAAAACCAUUGAAGUUGCGAAAACAAGUGAAACAAAACCGGUAAUAAAUGACAAAAGUAGUGUUGCUGAACCAGAAAUCAAACAAGCGACAGGAAACUUGAAAAAUGUUUCUGAUUCUAAUUCAUUGUCUAGAGAUAAAGAACAAUCUGCAGGAAUAUUUUCUUUGUUUGAUUCGUUGCUACAAGAAGCAUCUCAGUCUGCUUCAAAAAGUUUGAAAAAACCACAAGUUACUGAGCCAGAACAAACUAAACCUACUAUAUCUGUAGAAAAAACAGUUUCUAACCCAAGUACAAAAAGUACAAAUACAAUAUCUUCUGUUAUUAACACUAUUACCACUGUUGCUUCUGAUAAAAGUGUUCAAAAAUCUAACAUUGCUUCUGUACAAAAUAGAAGCCCUGCUACUUUUCCAUUUAAAAGAAGACAUGUUCGAAACAACCUUAAUCCUACAACUGUAACACCCACCACGCAAGCUACAGAAGUUAAAUCUCAGAAUAUAAAACCAAAAGUUACAGUUGCUACUACUGAAAACAUUGUAAUAUCAAAUGUUGAGGAACAUGCAAAAGUUUCAAGUGCUGCUAAUUCUGAACCUGUAGAACCCAAAGAACAAACUCCUGCCGUAAAACUGGAUUCUGAAGAUAAAAGCACGUCCAGUAAUUUAAACCUAAAAACUCAAGUUAGUGGUAGCAGGUUAAAACUCCGUAUUGUUGCUUUUCGUUCAUCUAGUGGAAAAGUCAUCCACCAAGCAUCAAGAGUUGGUCCUAGUUUUCCAGAAGAAGAUGAAGAUGGUUUACAGAGAGGUAAAUCGAAAAAGAAAACAAAGAAGCAAAAGCGGAAGAAAAAGCGCAGAAGGACUUCUUCAUCCAGCAGCGAAGAUUCUGUAAAAAUUGCACCAACUAUUGUUUCAAAACCAGCAAAAAAAUCAGUCAAUCAGUUCCCCUACAGUUCGGUUGAUGAACUCAACCCACCUGCAGCAUCGUGUAGUAAUAAUGAUUCCGAGGCAAGUGUUGGUUCUGGUAAAGUAAAGAAAAGAAAAAAGGGUGUUGGUCUAAACAAACAGGUUUUGAAUCCUCCAUUAAAGCGAAUUAGAACAACCAGCUCAGGUGUUGCUAGUGACAAGGACAAGUCAAAAUCCAAGCAAAAAAAAUCUCAAAUAUCUACGCCCCGAUAUAAAUGCAAACCCAGCCAAGGUUCGACAUCUACAACAUCAUCUGCAGCAUUUGGUAGAGAACCAGGCAAACUGCCAUUAUAUUUAAAUGCAUCAGUAAACCAGUCUACUUCUGCGGGUUCAAACCCAGUCCCAACAAUCCAGUUGCUUCCACGACCAGUGUGUAAACCCUCAGUGAAAGUCACUUCAUCUCCUUCCAUUUCUUCCACAGCACAGGGAAAGAUCGUCAGUGUAAAACUGCCCAUCGUAUCACCAAAAACUCCACAGGCACAAAUCAUGCCAAAAACCUCUUUAGGUGGAGUUCGGUAUGUUAUCAAAACAUCUCAAACAGUUUCUGCACUAAGUACAGCUCAGCGUGUUAUUAUACCAAAAGCAACCUGUUCAUCAUUUACAGUUGGGAAAGCAGCUGUUCUUACUGUAUGUGCUGCGACCACAUCAUAUCAAAGUACGGUUUCGCCCAGCGAAAGUAAUUCACAAUACAGACAAAUAGUAGUCUCUCCGACCCAACCUGUUAUUAUGAAGCGUUUCCCUUUUGCACUUCUUCCGAAAGCAUCAGUUACAGUUUGUACACACACCUCCCCAGCCAAAGCAUCCACAUUAAAUAACUCCAUGUGUAAUGUAACUUUCACUUCACCGAUGACAAAAGUUACAAGCUCACCAUUAGCUCCCAAGAUAUUAAUUUCACCAACUUCAUCAAAUGUUCCGGUCAAAUCAGUCAGUGAUCUGUUGAUAAAAGAUAUAUCAGAAUCAAAGUAUGAAGCCAAAGCCCCUGGCGAUACUUGCUUUCAGGCUGCCUUUUCCAAACUGAUCAGCAGUCCCAACCCAUUGGAAAAAUAUGUUCCACCACUAAUGCCUUCUCAUUUACUACCUGGUUUAAUUGAUCUUGAAAAUUUUCGCUGUUUUGAAUGUGGAGACACAUUUUUAUUUAACUCAAGUCUUCAACAUCAUUAUUCAAGAAGAAGUAUUACUGUCAAAGUUCGUUGUGUGCAAUGCAAUCGUAUGUUGAUGUUUUUCAACAAAUGUGAGAUACUAAAACAUGCCCGGGAGCAUAGUGAUCGUGGGGAUGUAAUGCAAUUCAAUGGAGCACAUCUUACCCCAAUACCCCUCCAUUUAUGCCAACCAAGGACUAAAGAAUAUUUCCUUCAACAAGCAGAAGAAAGAGAGCAGCAGAAGGAUCAUGGAGAAGUAUUUACAUGCACCGAAUGUAAGUUCAAUUGCUCAAACCAAGCAGUGCUUGAUCAACAUUUUCAGGAGAGGGCAGCAGAGUGGUACACAUGUGACAUAUGCAGACUUGAACUACACAACCAAUGUUCAUUUUCUGCUCAUAUGAGAAUGCAUAAAAGAGUCCCACCUCAUACAUGCCCAGAGUGUGGCCAAAGCUUUGAUGGCAAUGGUAUGGACUUUAAUCUUCAUCUAAGAAUCCAGUGCUUUCACUUGAGUCGUGUGUCUUGUUUCAAAUGCAAAUUAUGUAAUGUAUUGUUUCUUACUGAUGACCAGCUCCGGAACCAUCUCAGGAUAAAUCAUGCACAAGUGUUUUACAAAUGUCGUGAAUGUCCGAUGGCUUUCAAAACAAUUGCGAAUAUAAGCAACCAUCAAAGAACUGCUCACAAUCAAACACCUGAACCAAUGAACACAUUGAAAACCAUUUAUAAAUGCCCAUUAUGCGAUUCAGUGUUUACAGACUGCAGUCAUUCUCAACAGCUUUUUGUGCUACAUAAGCAUUUUGAUAGCCACAUCACAUCUCUAAGGAUUACUGCAUAUAAGUGCUACUUGUGCAGUAACGUGAGUGAAAGAAAGUCAUCGUUGCGCGACCAUCUACGCAACAUACAUGAAGUUUCAUCGUUAACAGAAGUUGCCAAUAAACUGGAUCUUAGCAACACACUUGAUGAUGCUAGACAAAACCAAGAUCGUAAGCAAAUACCUGAUAGCAGCAAGGAUGGAGAAGUGAUUUUAAAAAAGAAAUCAGACAAGAAAGGGAGAAAAUCAAUUAUGGAAACACCCAACCGGCAGACACCGAGUUUGGCUCCCCCUGGUGAUGAGGAAUCGGAUUCUUCUUCGUCUUCUUCAGAUAAACAACCCAAGCAUGCACGACGAGCAUUUAAAAUCCGAUUAAAAGGUUCAAAUGAGUCACCAGAUGUUAAUAAAGCUGUCAAAGCUGGUUCAGUGCUUAUCAGGUCUGGCAAGAAAGUGUUUCAGUGUGGAGAAUGUGAAAAGGUGUUUCUAUCAACACACAGUAGAUCGAGUCAUGUACGUACUGUACACCGAGGUAUACGUGCGUUGUAUUGCUGUCCAUACUGCACUUCCGUACCAAUCAAAUAUGCCAAGCGUAUAACAUUGGUGAAACAUUUGCUCAAAGUUCAUGAUAUAAGCACUCCACAAAAGGAAGAUGUUAAAAUUGUGCGUACAUAUAUUCCACAUAAGCUAGCAAGUAGUCCAACCACAAGCAAGAUACACAACAAUGAGACUACAACAUUAAAAGAUGAUGCUGUUGGUGAACGUCGCUUCCCUCGUAAAAAGAUCACCACUAGAUGUCCUACUAAAGCUCGUGCACGGCGGUUAGCAAGGAUGAAGGAAGAACAACUUGGAUCCGAUGAAUCAGUUGGUGAGGUGGAUGAGAGAAUGGUGGAGGGUGGGGAGGUCAUCCAUGAGAGCAUGGAGGAGCAGGAUCAUUCAGAUGAUGAUAAGGAAGAUGAUGUUGCGGAUAUUGAUGUUUCAUCGCUACGGUUACCAACCAUAUACACAUGCGUGAAGUGUGAUUAUUCACAUGAGGAUCGAAUAUUGUUUCAGGAACAUAUCACAGAGCAUCGGUCCAUGGAUGCCACUAGUUCAGGUACAGCAGCAGCGCUCACCAUGGUACAAUGCACUGAAUGUGGCUUGUGUUUUGCUUCAAAUGCAUCAAAAGAAAAACAUCUUUUUAUAAAGCAUAAGAUCAAAAAUUUUAAGUUAUUAGAGCGGUAUGACGCUCGCUUACGUUUGGAACUACAGAAUAACUCUUCCUCGCCGUCCGAUGGAGGGCGCGAGAUAUCUGCGACGUCAGGCAUGGGCGAACGGAUCCAUCGAUGUCAGGUCUGCUUUAAAAAGUUUGACGCUGACACAGAGCUACGAACGCACAUGCGAACUCAUGGACUUGCCUUUGUCAAGUCCAAACAAUUUUGAAAUGCUUGUUAGUUACGGAAGAAUUAACAAGUAUCGUUGUUCAUGAAGGUUUCUGCAAUUGCUUCUCGUUGCCUCAUUUUUAACACAGUAUUGUACAGAUUUUUAGUGCUUUGUUUCCAAAGGCACAUUGCCGUUUUCUUGCAAUGGGCAUUCAUGGUACGUCACCCGAGCCUUUAUAUUUCCUUACAAAGUUUCCAAGCUGCCAUAUUAUUAUUAACAUUGGACAAACGUGUUAUUGGGUGCUGUUAGCUGCGGUAUUUAUUGCGUGUUUGAUUGCGAAGAAGAUAUGUUUCUAAUCUAAAUAUUGGUAAUAUGUGAAUAUAAGACAGCACAUAUGGUCAGGUAAA